AUGGCAACAGAAGCCCUUGCGAAACCCGGCCUGUUCCACUGGUUGAUAGUCAUCCAGUUGUUUCUCGAGGCUGUUGAGGAUGACCUUCGUGAACAACUUCUGUACGUAUCACGUCGUCCACAGUUCUACACAUGGGUGCUACUGAUUCCCACAUUCGUCAUCACUACGGUGUCCAUAUUUGGUCUGUUCAUACCAACAAAUUCUUUAGGAGAUCGGGAGGAAAAAGUGAACCUUGGUCUGACUACGCUUCUUUCAUCCGCGGUCAUUUUGGAGAUUGUUGCUAACUCGAUGCCGAAAGCGUCAGCCCUUCCACUUCUCGGUAACGACGACUUAUGA